UGUCGAAGAACGCGUGCCCGAAAUCUCGCGAGACUGCGCGCCUGAAAACGAGCCGGGAACAGAUCGCUCACUUCCACAUAAGCCACAAACUUCUGUACAUAUCAGCUCUCUGAAGGUCUUACUAUGCCUGGUAAAAAGACCCCCGCCAAGAGGAAGGCUACGGCUACUGUGGAAGUACCUAAAGACCCCAAAAAGGCCAAAGUUGCUCACAGGAGUCAUGGCAAGGAGCCGGGUCAGGUUCUGGCUUUCGGCCAAGGUGAUGUUGGACAGCUGGGUCUAGGAGAGACUAUCACCGAGAGGAAGAAGCCAGCUCUUGUGUCCCUAUCGGAAAAAACGGUGCAAGUGGUAGCAGGAGGAAUGCACACAGUGUGUCUUAGUGAAACUGGUCAUAUUUACACUUUUGGCUGUAAUGAUGAGGGGGCCCUUGGUCGGGACACGUCUGAAGAGGGCUCGGAGACGGUUCCAGCAAAAGUGAGCCUUGAUGAGAAGGUGGUUCAGGUGUCUGCAGGAGACAGCCACACCGCUGCACUCACAGAGGAUGGAUACGUGUACAUUUGGGGCUCCUUCAGGGACAACAAUGGUGUUAUUGGUCUUCUUGAGCCCAUGAAAACGUGUCCCCUUCCAACUAAGAUCCCCAUUACAGACCCUGUUGUGAAAAUCGUCUCAGGUAACGAUCACCUGGUAAUAUUGACACGGGAUGGGGAUCUUUACACAUCAGGCUGUGCUGAGCAGGGACAGCUGGGAAGGGUGCCGGAGCAUUUUUCAAAUAGAGGAGGCAGGAAAGGUCUUGAGCGACUUCUGGUACCACAGAUGGUAAAGUUCAAGGGGAAAGUUCACUUCAAUGAUGUGUUUUGUGGGGCUUACUUGACUUUUGCCGUGUCGAGGGAAGGAUAUGUAUACGGAUUUGGUCUCUCAAACUAUCACCAGCUGGGCACAAAAAGCACUAAGAUGUGUUUUGUCCCUGUAAAACUGACAUGCUUUAAGAACUCUACCACCAACUGGGUGGACUUUUCUGGAGGACAGCAUCACACUCUCUGCCUCGAUGCUGAAGGGCAGGUGUACAGCUUGGGCAGAGCAGAGUAUGGUCGUCUUGGUCUCGGCCAAGGGGCUGAGGAGAAGAGUGAACCUGUGCCUGUGAUGGGGAUGGAACCCGCAAAAGCAGUCACGUGUGGAGCUUCUGUCAGCUAUGCGGUUACAAAAGAAGGAUCUGUGUAUGCCUGGGGCAUGGGAACUAACUUGCAGCUCGGCACAGGAGAAGAAGAUGAUGAGUGGAGUCCUGUAAAGGUGACUGGCAAGCAGCUGGAGAACCGAGAAGUACUGAUGGCCUCCAGUGGAGGGCAGCACACAGUCUUACUGGUCAGAGACACGCAGGAGAGCUGAUAUCCUCUUCUGACAGGAUGAUCGGGAGUGUUUUGAUCUUUGUCAAGAUCAGAUCUUGUUCAGGGUGCUCAGAUGUGGAUGGGGGUUAAUCUCUGUGACUUCCAUCUCUGAUCCGAGGGAGUGUGAAAGGUUCGGGGUGCAUGACUAAGAUGAGGUGCGGCCUCUUUUAUGGGAACGUCUGUUCUUAACUUUGGGGGGGACAAUGUUUUUGGUAGAUUGACAAAUGAGACUAUUUUUUUAAUUCUACUUUUUGAUGUUUCUUUGAAAUUGUUUCAUCAAGUCAUUUGAGUGUAUGAUAGUAUUUUGAAUUCGUCUGAAUGUGAGAGUGUAUGUUCCAUAAAAGAGUCAUAUAUAAAAGUGCACACUGCUUAGUAAUUGACCUGGACACUAGUCCUUUUAAAUGUUUUCUUUAAAGCAGUGAUUAGAGUGAAUUUGGUUCAGACAGGAUAUUUGUUAGCUGAGUUUUACAGGUUUGCCCACUUUUAAUUUUACCCAGUGCACAAAAUUACUGACUAAUUAAAAUCUUUGGCAUUAGAUCAUCAUACUGUAUUCUGCAAUUUGUUGCCUUUCCUGUCUGAAAAAUAAAGGUGUUUUCUCUUUUUUU